UGUAAUGAUACAGCUUCAGUUGUGUCUGCUGAAUUAAAGAAUCUUGAUGAAACCAUGGACUUAUCCAUUAAUGGUACGGCUCCCGUUAAUGAGACCACAUCUUCAAGCACAAAGGAUUCUCUGACCACCUCACAGAUGAUCACUCUUGUCUUGUACUGUGUCAUAUUUGUAUUGGGUGUUACUGGCAAUGGCCUUGUUAUCUACGUGACAGGCUUCAAGAUGAAGACCACGGUUAACUCUAUCUGGUUCCUGAAUCUGGCACUGGCUGAUUUCCUUUUCACGUUGUUCCUUAUUUUCAACAUCAUCAGUCUUUCUCUCAAUUAUGAAUGGCCCUUUGGAGAUUUCCUGUGCAAGUUCACCAGUCUAGUUCAAGUGAUAACUAUGUUUGUGAGCAUCUUCCUACUUACAGCCAUCAGUUUGGACCGUUGCUUGACUAUAUGGGUGGUGGUUUGGUCUCACAACAAGCGUACUCCAAACAAAGCCAGGCUCAUUUGUGUGUUAGUGUGGCUCCUCUCCAUGGGGUGCAGCAUUCCCUUUGUAAUCACACGCGGUGCUAUCAACAACAAGUGUCGCAAGACUUCAGAUGCGCUCACAACCAAGAGCCUUGCAAUAUUCCGUUUUGUGAUUGGGUUUCUGAUCCCUUUCCUCGUAAUCACAUGCUGUUACGUGGCCAUUGGUGUCCGUGCAAACCGAACCCACGGGAGGAAGAAGAUGAGGCCUUUCCUCAUCAUCCUGACAGUCAUCUUGGCCUUCUUCAUCUGCUGGCUACCCAUCCAAAUCAUUGAGCUAAUUAUGACAGAUCAGAUAUACAUUUACAGCAUAAACAAACAGCUCUUCAACAGUGAUGUGUUCAACAUGGCAGACAAAGGAAUUCCAAUGGCAGUCAGCUUGGCCUUCCUCAACAGCUGCAUAAACCCCUUUCUGUACAUAUUCAUGUGUGAGGAGUUUCAGAAGAAGCUGAAGCGCUCUGUGUUGCUGGCGCUGGAGCAUGCCUUUGCCGAGGAGCAGCUGGGUUACUUCUCCUCUCAGGUCUCGGUUGCGUCACGCCAGUCCGUUUCUUCUGGAGCCACACACAAAAAAGCAACACUGACCUCCCUGAUGACCUUUGAGAGAAGUCCAUCCGUGGAGAUUAUACAUAAACAGGGGUGCAAACUCAUCAGGGAUGAAAAAGGUGACAACGAUGCGAACCCCCUAGGAGGGUCCGGGGCAUGUUUCUAUGAAAGGUUUUCAUGCAAGAAUUUAGUUCAAGAGUCAGUUCUUUACUGA